AUGCCCGAGAAUGACUCCGAGACGAAGCCAUAUACCCGUGGCCAGGUACAGGCGUUUAAAGAGCUUCAGAUUAGCAGCGCCACGGAUAAGGAUGUCGUGAUUCGAAUGCUCCGCAAGAUUUAUGAUCCCUCCAACCCCAGCAACCCGCAUCAGUUGAAUUUAAGACCAAAGAAAAUAAGGGAGGAUAUCAAGGCUAAGCUCCGAAAAGCUUUGCACGACAGAAAAUUUCUAAAUGAGCUACCCGAGCACAUCCCGAAGGGAAAUCUUAAUGGCCUGGUGGGAAAGCUAUACAGCUUGACUAAAAGUUCGCAUAGACUUAGAGAUUGGGGUGGCUGGGGACUUUCUAAGAGAAGUGAAAGUGUUUCCCCGGCUUGCCCAGUCUCCUCAGUCGCGAGUACUCCGCCUCUUCAUCCAAAAGACCAAAAGUCAUUCGACUUCACCAAGGCCACGGUCUUGCCCAACGUCGAUAUUCAGAUUAUUCGCGCAAAUCGUCCCAACAAGUCCGUGGCAUAUCGACUGUGCGACUUCAUAAAGGAUGAAUGGCAGCCCUCGGCACGUAGUGCGGAUGGGGGCUGGGUUGACGGUUCCAGACUCCAGAUCGAGCGACUCAAGGCCGCACUGAUGGAUACGAAGCACAUCAAAUCCGAAGAUGAGACGCUGUGGUGGAGCCCGUGGCCUUUGCACAUCAUCGAUGUGUCGAAGAUCACAAUGCAGGCGGCCGAGGAUGAGGAAAUUCUUUUGACGAACGCGAACUUCUUUUCUUCUUUGCAGCGCUACGUCGAGAUCAAUUUCCCCCACCUGGGCCCUGGAAAUCCGUCAAUUCAGGAGGAGGGGUAUAUUGAGGUUCGGCCGAUAAUUACUCUGAUCGUGCGAUCCGAGGAUGCUACUGGUAAGCAAACACUUUAUCAAUCCCAGUCAAACUCCGCCAUGACCACUUUCGAGGCAUAUGCCCCAGGCGUUUCAGAUCGGUCUGUAUAA